UUGUAAUUUAGAUCUGCAGUUCAUUUUGACAUCAUUUUCUCAGCGUUGUUAUUGACGCUAUGUCUCAGAAACUACAUCCAGCAGACUUCCUCAGCUCAGUAACAGACUCCAGCUCCGAGGACUUACGAUAACAAGCACCUGAACGGUACCAAUGAGGGGUGAAAUAUUCACACUGCUCCUUGUCACGUGGCCGUGUCUACAGGCCCUCUUCAUUGUGGAUUCGGAGCAAGAUUCCUACGAUGGAGAGCUGCACGAUAAGAUCACGAUGGGAUGCCGGUUUUCACAAAUCCCGAGUGUUUCACACAUAACCGUCAUUUGGCAGCGCAUCAAACCUCCACCGACAGUGGAAGUCUAUCGGAUGGAUAAUGGCAUCGAGAACCACACCUUCACUAGCAAGCAGUUUCUGCCACGAGUGCGGCUCCUGAGGGAGGAGCUGGAGAAAUUUCGGGCUGUAAUCGAGCUCUCCCAGCUUCGUAUAAAUGACUCGGGAACCUAUCAGUGCAUCGUGAUCCAGGAUGAGCCUGACUACAAGCAGACCAAACUCACCGUCCGAGCACCAUAUAAGGCAAUUAAGAAGACCCUCAGAAGGCUAAGUGAAAAGGAGAUGGAGCUUUCCUGUGAGUCCCAAGGCCUCCCGUUGGCUCUUGUGACUUGGAGUGAUGGCAAGCUCAGGGAUCCACAUCUGACAAACCGCUCGGAGAGCAGCCAUGCAAUAAACAGCGAUGGCAUCUUUGUCGUCACCAGCCGAUUGUCCGUCACAUAUGAAGUCAACAAUUACACCUGUUCCUAUAUAACUGACGGCAUGAAAACGAGCCAGACAGCUACAUUCCAUAUCCCAGAUGAAAUUCCAGAGAGCGAUAAAUGGACCACAGGAUACGCAGCUAUUGCCGUGAUAGUUGUGAUGUGCGUGGGUUUUGUUGUUGCCUUGCUGAUUCUCCACAGAAGAAAGAAAGGGCAAACAAGUAAAGACAUCUCCUUAGCGGAAUGUGAAUCUCCGGGACAAAAUCUGACAGUUACGUCAACUGACCAUUUACUUCCAAAGUCUGAUUGCGGAGUCGAUACCUUGACUUUUAAAUCAGAGCUGUGGAAUGGAAAAACAGAAGAGCUGCAAGACGUGCUAAAACAAAGAUACGCCGAGUUUCACAAAACUACAGAGACGGAGACUGAUUUCACACUCCCACGUACACUUCUCUCUGGAGAAAACCAGCAUGUCAGCAUCCAGUCCGUCCUCCCAGGCCCGAGGGAAACUGUGAUUCUGGAGGGGAAAGAAGGGACCGACAAAACCUUCAUAGCCCAAAGCCUGGCUUCGUCUUGGGCUAAGCAUUUCAUCUCGGACCCUUUCGACAUCCGAGAGCUCCAGCUUGUGAUUUUAGUAGACAUCAAGGGAGCUGAAGGGGAUUUCUUCCAAGUGGUUAACUCCAAGAUCCCAGCAGAAGCAAAACUGCAGACAAACAAUCUCAAAGACAUUCUGCUAGAGAACAGGGACAGUCUCCUCAUCCUGGACGGUUAUAAAGAAGGGGACAGAGAACUGGAUAAGUCACUUGUUAAGUUCCUAAGAGAGCGACGUACUUGCAGGGUGCUGAUCACAGCGUGCCCUGGAGAGCACGGCAUUCUGGGAGAAACGGACAGGAAGGUAAUGAGGCUUCAUACACUGCCUGUGCAAGCGUGAGUGCUCAGAGGAGAGGACAAGUUCAUGGAGUUACUCAACGGAUUUAAGGAACUGAAGUGUUUGACUUGUUAUAGUUUGAAAUUCUGCUUAAUGUCCUUUUAUUUCACUGUUUUGUGUUAGCAUACGUUCACACUAGUGAGUGAGAAGUUGCUAGUGUUGCUCAAAAUAGAAGUAGCUACACGUACCACCAAAAGAGACCUAGGGAAGUGGUAGCUCAGUGGUUAAGACGUUGGACUUCUGAUUGGAAGGUUGAGAGUUCAAAGCCUAGUAACACCAAGCUGCCACUGCUGGGCCCUUGAGCAAGGCCCUUAAUCCUCAGCUGUAUAAGUGCGAUAAUUGUAAGCCACUCUGGAUAAAGGCACCUGCCAAAUGCUGUAAAUGUAAAUGUAAGUUAAUAUACAUUAAGUGCUUUGGUUUUGUACUAGCGUCAUUGACAAGUCAGCUAAGCAGCUUAACUGUAAUAGCUACGCACACACCAGAGGCAGCAACGGUCUCUGCUACGUCAUUCCAAGCUUUAUUUUACUUCAUAAUGUCUCUAAACACAUAUAAUGACAGGUUGUAUAUGACCAAAUGCAAACAUUUUUCUUCCUUUUUUGUGUGUCGAACAAUAACUGGGAACUAAUAGCAGGUAGGAACUGAAGAAAUGCCUGACCACGCGCGCCAUAGGAUUGGUCCGAGGAACCACUCAAAUGUCACUUUGUCACUUGCAAUUUGCCUCUGUCACUGAAAUUCUGGUUCCAUGUUGUACGUGUAUAGGAAAUGAACAUAGGGUUACUAUGGGUAGGCAGUAUCUAUUGUGUAUUUAUUGUGGGUUUCAGGAGUUCUACAACAAUAACCAUCAACUUGGUAGCUAGAUGGUAUUUUUAUUAUAAUUAUUUUUUUACCAAUUCUUUUAUUUUCCCCAUUUCCUGUUUAGUCUAUUUUUGUAAUAUAGUAUAUAUUUUGUAAUAUAGUUUAGUUUUCCAUAGAUGUUUUAAAUGUUUGAUGGCACUUUUCCUUUAAUCAAAAGUCAUCAGAACUCAAUAUCAUGAUACUUACUAUAAAAUGUAUAUUGAGAAUAGCGCAAUGUGAUAUUUUUGCCAGACCGCUCAACCUUGUUUGAUACAGCAAUGCAUCAUCUGUACAAAAACACAUAGAAAAAAUGUUUUAUACAAUGCUUUAUCAAUUUAUGUACUUUAUAUUGCACAUAAAACAAAAAAAAAGCUUAAAAUAGUGUCAUGUGCACCAGGGCAGUGUUUAUAAUUUCAGCUUUCUGUAUAAUUCUGUAUAAUAGUUUAAGUGUAUAUAUUAAUAGAUAAAUUAAGCAUUUCCGUUUCUUUUCUUUUGUAUAGUUGCACAAUUUCUUCCAGGAUUAAAUGACUCAAAUCACUUCUCUUAGCCAAGUGAGGAAAGCACUUCACAUGUAUUUACUGCUUCCACAAAAGACUAAUAUGGACCAAAACGUUUGUACUGCACUAUUUGUCUGAUGAUAUAUGAUAUAUUGUGUUUUGAAUAAAAUCUAUAUUUGCUAUA